AUGCUUUUGAAUAUAAUAUUAUUCAUUACCCUAUUGCUUCGAGCAGCCGCUUUUAAUAGGGAAAGCAUAGAUGAGUGCACACGGGUGUUGAGUGAGAAUCUGCAGGAUACAUUUAAACGGGUUACUGGCGAACAGAAAAUCGCACAGUUUUAUGAAAAGUUCGUUGAGUCAGAACAAUUCGAUCCUCGAGUGGAAUUAAAACGUAGUAAAGAUGUAAUUGAGAAAUACCUGAAAAGGCGAUCAGAGUUUGCAUAUAAAGCUAAAGUAUCUUUGGAAGCUCGAGAUCCGAAAGACUCCUCUGAUGAGGCUGUUAAUAACCCGGAUUCCAAAGACUUUAUUCGUUUUAUGUCAGCUAAGCAAGGUAAUGAUGGAACGACAAUAUAUGAACAUUCUCAUAUUAUCUUGAAAAAGAAAGUGAUGGAAACGAGGAAUUUCACUCUAUUGCCAAAUGCGAAUUUCUACAGUUUACCCACUUCACCCAUUGCAUCAGCUGUUCAUAUACCCACUCCUUUGUAUGAUAGAAAUCCUACUCUUUUACGGAAAAUUGAAUGGUCCGAGAUAGACCCUGUCUAUCGAACGCAUCGAGAAGAAGUUCGAGAUUUGGCUUUUCAACUAUUCUGCUCAGAGAGUGGCUAUAUGAGAUUCUAUCCAGCUGCGUCAUGGUUCUGGGAUAAUCAUAUAGAACAUCUCGAUUUGUUUGAUUGUAGAAAUACUGAAUGGUAUAUCAAUGCUGCCACCAACUCCAAAAAUGUUCUGAUUAUGUUGGAUUUAUCGGGAUCUAUGUUAGGCCAACGUUAUGAAAUAGCCAAGCAGACAACUGAAGCCAUAUUAGAAACGUUAUCUCACAACGAUUAUUUCAAUAUCAUGCCGUUUUCUAAGACACCUUUCUUCUUGGAUGACUGUAAUGGAGAGAAUGGAUUAUUGCAAGCAACAAUGAGGAAUAAGAAGGCUUUGAGAAACAAAAUGAACAACGUUUCAAGUGAAGGAAAAGCUGAAUAUGAAAGAGCUUUGCCUCAUGCUUUCACAACUCUUCUGAAUUUGCCGAAACGAUGGACAAUCUACAGCAAAGAGGAAUUUGCUGUUCUUCUUCAAAACUCAUCCGUUAUGGAAGGAAAGCAGAUAACGGAAUUGCCAGAGCAUUUUCUCGUUUAUGAUCACGAAUACGAUAGAGCCAUAACAUCAGCUGGGCGUAAAGCGCCAGCUCAGGGCUGUGAAAAUGUAAUUAUGUUAAUAACUGAUGGAGCUCCGAAUGCUUAUAAAGAAAUUUUCGAUUUGUAUAAUAAUGAUAAGAAAGUUCGAUUUUUCUCUUUCCUAAUCGGGGAAGAAGCUAUUGAUUUCGAACAAGUCAAACAAAUGGCUUGUUAUAAUAGAGGAUAUAUGGUUCAUGUUCAGAAUAUGGCAGAUGUUGAGGAGAAAGUACAGCAUUACAUAAGAACGAUGUCACGUCCAAUUGGUAAACAUGCAGCAGAUAUUGGAGCUGAUGGAGCUAUGUGGAGUGGUGUUUAUCGUGAACGGCUGUAUAUACCUCGUCCGGAAACAUUUGCUGAACCUGUUCCUAUAACAAAUCAAUCCUUUGCUGUUAUGAAUAAAAUGGCUGCCAGAAGAAAAAUUCGUCUCCAAAAGACAGAAGCUCGGUCAAGAAUGUUUGUUACAACAGUCUCAUAUCCUGUAAUUGUAAAUGAGACUUUUAUGGGAGUGGCUGCAGUUAAUAUUCCAUUAACGGAGUUAAACCAAUUAGCUCAUCCUUCAAAUGUUGGAUCACGAAGUUACUUCUUCAUGUUGGAUCAGAAUGGCUUUAUCAUCUUGCAUCCACAGUUACGAGCGAUUGAUCCUAUAACGAAACUCCAUAAACAGAACUAUAAUAACAUGGAUGUUCUUGAGUUAGAAGUUCAACAGUCGCAACAGAUUCGUAUGGCACAAUCUAUGAUUGGAGACGCAUCGGCUAAUUUCAAUUGCGAACACGGAUCUUAUUCAGAAUGUGUGGCAGAAAUUCGAAAUCUUACAAGGAAAAUGAUCUUUGAUUGUGAUAAUUCUGAGGAACAGCAACUCGAUGUUCUAUUCGCGACGGAAAAUCUUCUUAGGGUUUAUCCGCAGACGAAUAAUUAUUAUUCGGAGUGUAUUAACGGAGCCAAUUUCAUAAUCGGAUUAGCUGUUGCUGAUAAUGAUGACUACAGAAUUCGACGUAGGGAGAGACAUUAUGAUUAUUCCCGAGUUAAACAAGAUUGGAUCUCUUCCAAACAAUUCCGUGUUCAUCCUCAUUGGAGAUAUUGCUUGUUGAAUGACACAGACACACACAUGUCUAAGGAAGAAGCUUUUUACGUAUAUGUCCAACAAAUGGUGAACACCGGAAAAUUGCCGGAACUCUGUAAAGCUCGGCAAACUUUGGUUGAGAAAGUUCUCAUUGAUCUUGAAGCGACUUCUGCAUUACAAGAUAAUUGGGAUCAGAACUGGCAAUAUCUCAAAGACAAUUUGAUCCAUCUCGUCUUUUUCACGGCCCCAUCUGGAAUGAUUCGAUAUUAUAACUUAACUCUAGAUGAUUAUGACUAUUCUGAUCCUAACUGGAGCAUAUUAGAUCAUAUUGGACGUAUUUUUGCGAUCGAACUUGUGCAAGAGUCUUAUAAUCACUUCAUCACGGAUCUUCAUCGAAAAUCUGUUGAUGAUUAUUAUUAUAAACGAUCUGUACGAAUGCCUGAUGACAUUAUAUUCGACGUCAGUAACAACUCUAAAAUCUGGUACAAAUCUGAGACUCAAUUGACUGGUUACGGAAAUAAUGAGAACUUAACCAUGCUUGCUCAAGCUACGAAAGCUGUCCGAUCAGGAAAUGCAGUUUUAGGUGUUACUGGGUAUGAGUUUGCUUAUGAUAACGUUGUCAAUCUAAUGGGUGAACAUGGAUGUGGCCCAUCUAAUGAUCGAAAAUGGUGUCUUUUAUUGGAUGAACAUGGUUAUGUAUUCUAUAGUAACCAAAAGGAUAUUUCGUAUGAAGAUUAUCUUCGGGAUCCGAUAGGUUAUGGAAAGCAUAUCAGUCAUUGGUUUGGUAAUAUUAAUCGGGUAUCACAACGUGCUAUGGCUUUGUUAGUUGAAAGGAAAUUUUAUACCAAGUUUAAGUAUACUGAUCAUCAAGCAAUAUGUAAAGAUCAUCCUAAAGUGGUCAUGUCAUCUAAGGCCUUGAAGCCUCUGCAUAGUUUGCUGUAUGGAAUAAUGGCAUUCAUUAACAAUUUCCUUUUGUUUGUUCAAAAAAUAACAUUCGUACCCUUGCUUAGUUCAACCUUUACUCCAGGAGAAGCAUACACUGCGUCUUUCCAUGAUGGUAGCGAUGGAUAUCCAUGUUCGAAAUCAUCAUAUUUCUAUUUGUUCAAUAAGAACCCUCGAACUAGACCAAAAUCGAGCAGUCUUGUAGAGAAUGGACGUUAUGAUAAGCCUUGCCCAACAACCAAAUGCUCAGUGAAAAUGCAUGCGUCAUUCGUUGAAGGAACAAACCUUUUAAUGGUUUGGAUAAAUCAGGAAGACAAAUCUGAUUUAUGCUAUGAUGAAGUGGCUUGCCCAAAGCUAGAGAAUACAGAUACUACAAUGAAUUGGGAACAGGAUAGAUCAGAGAAAAACUUGGAAGAUAUUUGUGUGGGAGAGCUUCACUCUAGGCCGAAAAGAUCAAGAGCUAUGUGCUUUGGUACAGAUGGUGAUGUGUCUCAGGAAGGAACAAGACAACCAUGCUCAUCCAAAUUUGCUCUUAGUUGGCUAAUAUCCACAAUAAUAAGCUGGAUCUUCUAUCUAGCUGUUUGUUGA